GUAUAACCUCACAUCAGAGUUCCUAUUUUCGCUGCAAUCACAAAUUUAGAUUUGCUGAUGGUUUACUUUGCAUAAUGAUUGCUUUAAGAUUUCGACUGCUGGGCCCGCUGCAAAGCAGCUGCAGCUAUUCCAAACGCAGUUUUACACAUAAAAAUCUGUUGGAGUUGUCGGAACGAGGCUUUUUUCAGAGCAUUUUUCCGGACACUGCGGCACCAAAGAUGAAGGACCUAUUUAAGAGUUCACCUCAGAGCAUCUAUGCUGGAUUCGAUCCCACGGCGGACAGCCUGCACGUUGGAAACCUUGUUGUGAUUAUGGGUCUGUUGCACUGCCAGAGAGCUGGACAUAAACCGAUUGCGUUAGUGGGCGGAGCAACGGGUCUGAUUGGAGACCCGAGUGGACGUAAAACGGAACGCAAUCAGCUGGGUAACUCUGUUAUUGAGACGAACCUGGAGGCCAUUGAACGUCAGCUGCGUAAAGUAUUCAAAAACCACGAGGAUUGUCUCUGGGAUACACGGAAAUACAGCUCCAAGCUGGCGCCUCUCACAAUCGUUAACAAUGCUGAUUGGUAUGCAAAUCUGAGUCUUAUCGACUUUGUUGCCAAUAUGGGACGACAUUUCCGCAUGGGUUCCAUGCUCUCCAGAUCAUCCGUUCAGUCUCGCCUGGAGUCCGAGGACGGAAUGAGCUUCACAGAGUUUACGUAUCAGAUCUUUCAGGCCUACGACUGGUUGCAUCUGUUGCGCAAACACAACUGUUGCUUUCAGAUGGGAGGCUCCGAUCAAAUGGGCAAUCUAAUGACUGGCCACGAACUAAUAAGUCGCGUUGAACGUAAUCGUGAAGUUUUCGGAAUGACUCUGCCAAUAGUGACCAACGAGGAAGGCGACAAGUUUGGCAAAUCGGCCGGAAAUGCUGUAUGGCUGGAUGAGAAUAAGACGUCUCCAUUUGCAUUGUACCAGUUCUUUAUGCGCAUGCCAGACUCAGAAGUGGAGAAGCUGCUUAAAUUGUUCACUUUUAUUCCCCUGCCUGAGGUGGAGCAACUCAUGCAGGAACACGCCAAGGAGCCAGAGAAACGAAAGGCGCAGACUCUGCUGGCGGAAGAUGUAACCUUGUUAGUUCAUGGAGAACAUGGCUUAAAGCAAGCGGAACGCGUUACCAAUGCACUUUACAAGGGAAACGUUGAGGGUUUGGCAGAGUUGAGCCUUGUGGAAAUUAAGCAAACCUUUCAAGGAGCCACAAUGGUCGAUAUCCUUUCAGAGCCUGGCAUGUCUAUUCUACAGCUGGCCAUGAAGGCCAAGUGUUUUCCCACAGAAACCGAUGCCGUGCGCAUUAUAAAUGCUGGUGGUUUCUAUGUUAACCAGAAGCGUGUGCAGAACAUUGCAGAAGUCAUUACCACCGGCAUCCACAUUCUCCGGAACGGAGUGUCUCUUUUACGCGUGGGUAAACGCAACUUUUACAUUAUAAGAUGGCAGCAGUGAUAAUACCGUACAUAAAUGAUUGUUUUUUGAAUACAUAAGUUAUAUUUUAAUACAAGUUAUAGACUAUUCAAUAGGUA